CUGGCGUGACAGUUCAUGCUUGACAGCUGCAGUACGCGUUUUCUAAUUGAAUGCGUUUCGGCACUUCCUUCUUUCUAUCAAUCGCCGCCGACGUUCUCUUUCUUUUCGAGUCCAUACUUCAAAAUGCCUCCGAAGAAGGAUACCAAGGGAUCGGCGAAACAGCCGCAAAAGACCCAGAAGAAGAAGGAGGGAGGAUCCGGAGGAAAGGCCAAGAAGAAGAAGUGGUCGAAGGGAAAGGUCCGCGACAAGCUCAACAACCAGGUCCUCUUCGACAAGGCCACGUACGACAAACUGUACAAGGAGGUCCCUGCCUACAAGCUGAUCACCCCAUCGGUUGUGUCGGAAAGGCUGAAGAUUCGUGGAUCGCUGGCCAAGCGAGGCCUGCGUGAGCUCUGCCAGAAGGGGCUGAUCAAGCUGGUCGUGCAACACCAUGCCCAGGUCAUCUACACCCGCACCACGAAGGGAGACGAUCCAGUGGCGUAAGCUGGAGAUUCCGUUGUUUGCUUUGUGAUUGCAGCACAUCCCGCUAAAGCCAGCAGCAGCAGAUUCCUUUGUGUGAAUCCACAUCAUUAAACGCUUCGGAAUGGAAGAAAUAUACUUCUUGUAAACUAA